UUAGAUGGGACUAAAAAUUUCUAAAAUUAGUCGACUUGAUGAAUACCUGAUUUUGUCCCACCAAACGCUCAUUUGAAAAAGGUCCGUGUGCUCUGUUCCAUGCAGUUCUGUUCUAUCUAGUAUCUACUAAAGGCCGAGUUCACGGGUGGCGAAAUCUAAUCCGAUAGCUGCCGGCGGCAGAAGAAUUCUCUCUUCUUGCAUGCCAUGAAUUUUCCGGAAAAGUUCAAAAUUCUAGAGAAAGAAGCGGGAAAUCCGUCGCCGGAAGUAGUCCCCGUCUCUGUCUCUGUCUCUGUCUCCUGGACCGAGACCUCAGACACCGUCUCUCGCCGCUUUGAAUUUCAUCCCGACGGCCAACUCUCCGUGAAGGUGCUGAAUGAUUCAAGACCAGUUAUCCACAAAAUCUCCGAGUCUCUUGUCAAUACUUUUCUCCCUUCGGGUUAUCCAUAUAGUGUCAAUGAAGGGUAUCUUAGAUACACACAGUUUCGAGCAUUACAACACUUCUCCAGUUCAGCAUUAUCCGUCUUAUCAACUCAGUCACUGUUAUACGCUGCAGGAUUAAGACCUACACCAGCACAAGCAACCGCAGCCAGUUGGAUACUUAAGGAUGGAAUGCAACAUGUGGGAAAGCUAAUGUGCAGCAAAUUAGGUGCAAGAAUGGAUUCUGAGCCCAAACGAUGGAGAAUUUUUGCUGAUAUGUUAUACGACUUUGGCACUGGUUUGGAAGUUCUUUCCCCAUUAUGUCCACAACUGUUUCUUGAACUGGCUGGACUUGGGAAUUUUGCAAAGGGAAUGGCCAUGGUUGCUGCUAGGGCAACAAGAUUGGCAAUUUAUUCUUCAUUUGCAAAAGAGGGGAAUCUUAGUGACUUAUAUGCAAAAGGAGAGGCGAUUUCUACUGUGUUUAAUGUUCUUGGAUUGGGUGCAGGGAUUCAGUUAGUUUCUACAGUUUGUUCAUCAAUGCAAGGAAAGAUGGUUGUUGGGUCUUUCCUUUCUCUGAUACAUGUUUACAGUACAUGUGAAGAAAUGCGAACUGCUCCUAUCAACACAUUAAAUCCACAGCGAACUGCAAUGAUCAUAGAAGAUUUCAUAAAGACAGGAAAGGUAUCAAGUCCUGCAGACUUGAGGAACAGGGAAGAUCUUGUGUAUCCAAGGAGAGUGAUAAAAGAAGCUGGAAAUGUGAAAGUGGGGAGAGAUUUACAUAAGGCUAUGAAGCCUUCAAGACUUAAACAAGUGAAAGAGAUUUUUCCAGAUGAGAAAUUUGUUUUGAGUUUUGAAAACAGGUGGACGGAUAUGGUGUUGGAGCAAAAUGCGAGUGGUGAAGAUGCAUUAAGAGGGUGGUUGGUGGCGGCAUAUGCAGAUCAGGAGGUUGAAAAGAUGGAAGAUGCGUAUGAAAAGAUGAAUGUGAUGAUGCCUGAAUUGGUGUCUCAACUAAAGGCAAAAGGGUGGCAUACAGAUCGUUUUUUAGAUGGAACAGGUAGCCGAUAUGGUUGAUAGUCUUUGGUGUAGUUAGGUUUACACUUUACACAUAUAUAAUAUGCAUAUAUGAAUUUGUUUUGUGUUUGCUAUCUCAUCAAUUAAAUGUUAAUGUUACCAAUAAAUAUAUCGGGUGAAUUGAAAGUUGUAAGUUGUAACUCA